AUGAUUGAGCUCGAGAACCUGCGUACGGCGUCGCUGUACAUCAAUAACCAGCUGCUGUCCCGGGGCUUGCUGCGCGGUGGAAGCAGCAUCGACUUCGCCCACCCGGGCGACAGCGGCCAUGAGGUGGCCGAGACCAUGAGCCGCAUCAUGGGCGUCGUCAAUGACCUGAUUCUGCGGCGAGAUCGUGAUGCUGAGCACCGCGAGUCUCUUUCGGCGGCCCUCCGCACUCUCCGUGCCGAGUCCCUACGGCAAGCCAACGAUAUCCAGCGCCUACAAGAAAAACACGCCGAGGCACAACGCAAGGUCGGUCUAAGCGAGGCUGCCGAAGCCGCACUCCGGACGCACCUCAAGUCGGCCGAGGCGACGAUCCACCGCCUGAAGGAGGAGGCUGCCCGCACAAAGACGCUCGUGGCCCAAACAAGGGCUUCCUGCGCCAAUGAAGUGCGGAAGCGGGACCGUCAAAUCGAGGGUCUCAAGAAAGCUGUUACAGAAGCCGGUAGGGCGAGGGGUGCGGGAAGAAGCACCGGAGUCACAAGCAUCACAGUGGUCGGCGACAUUUGGACAGAGUCAGAGCAUGCUUUACCCAGCGGAUCCACGGCCGACCAAGGCUACGACCUACGCACCGAAACGAACGCGUUUUUAGCCGAACUGGCGAAGAAUCUCAGCGACGAAAACGAGGGUCUGCUCCAGUUGAUCAGGAGAACAAUGGAGCAGCUAAAAGAGAUGAGCGGUUGGGAUGUCGCCAACGAAGAUCCAACCGAGAACGGAGACGGGCAUGCCGUGGUGCUCGCGGCUAAUCCCGCCGACCUUUCACUCGAAAUCAAUGCGGUCCUCGAACACCUCCGCACUAUCCUGACCAACCCGUCCUUUGUUCCCAUCGAAGAAGUCGUGGUGCGGGAAGAUGAGAUUCACAGGCUGCGUGACGGUUGGGAAAAGAUGGAGACACGGUGGAAAGAGGCAGUCCAUCUCAUCGACGGCUGGCGCAAGAGGAUGCAGGCGAGCGGGCGGCCCGUGAAUGUUGAGGAGCUGAAAAUGGGGCUGCGUCUCAGCCCGGUGAAGGUGAAGAAUGUCGAAGAGACUUCUCAGGGAUACGCUCUCCGCCUGGAGGCCGUCCUUGAGGAUGAGGAAGUGGAAAUGGUGCAAAUGCAAUGCGACGAUGAUUCGCUAGACCUGGUCCCUGGCCCCGAUGCGGACACCGACAGCGAUGCCUCCAGCGAAUUUGAGCACAACCUGGAAGUUGAUGAACUCGAUUUAGAGGAGCCAAACGUGGAGAUCCUUCAACAAUCGAUUAUGCUGGCUUCUCCGCCACUCCCUCAGCCGCCGCAGCUCAGCGUUUUGCGUGAUUCGUACGCUGCAGGGAACAGAGGCGGACCUCGAGACCAUGGAAGACAUCCCGGGCCCUUCACUACCACUGCAGAAGAGAAGUCACAAGAUCAAGUGGCAAAGGACGCUGCGUUGCCUCCUCUCCCUCCGACGGAUCAACCUCAGCAGCCGCCGUCAAAGAAGCCGAUCCUCUCGGUGCGCACAGUGCCUCCAGAAGAGGCUGCAAGGGUUGCGCUACCACCUUCUGCGCUGGCAUCGACGCCGGACACUUCGGUCGACAGCAUAGCUCUCAGUAAGGUUUCGGAUGAACCCACGUCGAAAAAUUCGGCAGUAUCAACAAAGCCCCAAAAGCGGCCAGCACCCUCUGCAAGGAAAAACGAGGCCAUCAACAAAAAGGAAGGUGCAAAGAAAGAGGUCCCAAGAAGGGAACCUACAAAGACGGAAGCUUCAAGGAGGGACGCCUCAAGGCGGGAGACGGCAAAGAAGAAGGAGGGCGAAGAAACUAAGCACGCGUCCAGGCCACCAGCGAAGCCUCGAUCGACCCGACCGCCCAUAACAAGGGGAAGGUCAGACACACGACCUGACGAGAAACCCGCCCAUAAUGCAAAGGGACCGCGAGCGGCUUCUGCAGCCUCAGCCACUUCGACAAGGUCAACCGGCACCAACAAGAGUGCGGGCGCGGAGAAUCUAAUGUCUCCCCCUCCUCUCCCAGUCCACGGAGAGGUCCCAUCGCCGUCGUCAUCACCGGGCUCCUUCCACAGGCGCGUCAACUCCCGCCUACCGCUGCCCCGACCAGGCUGUAACGGCGUGCUCCCAGCUCCGCAACAGUCGCCACUUAGCAUGGCCACCAUCGCCGCCAAACUCGCCGCCUCGGAGCGUGAGGCUGAUGCCGCUCGCGUGCGGGCCAAGCUGAAGGCGGCACGACUCGGUAAAGGUGCCAGUAUCCCGCCGUCCGGGACAACAUCCUUGACCUCGAGCGGCGCACCGGUCGAGCCCGAAGCCGAAAGCAACGUUGGCGCCAUGAGCAGCACCCGCUCGGAAAGUGACAGCGUCACCGGCAGCGCCUUGGCCUCUGCGUCUGCGUCUGCCUCCACCUCGGACGGCGCGCCCAGCUCUGCUACCACCAGGGACGACGACGUCGACGAACUGGGGUUGUCUCCGCCCACGGCGGCACAGCAACAAUCGCAGAAACACCGACCACAACAACAGCCAUCACAACUCCAACAACAACAACGACAACGGUUGCAACAGCAACAGCAACUAGAGCUGGAGCAGGCGCAGGAGCAUCAGAAGCAGCAGCAACAACAACAACAACAACAACAACAAGAGGCGGCGGCGGUGAACCAGAAAAAAACCACGAGGAAGAGGGAGAAAUGCACGAGCAGGGUUGCUUCGCGCAGGAGGAGUACACUUAAUCCGUGGGAGCUGGAUGCGCUAAUCCAAGGAGGGAAGGCCGCUGUCGAGAGGUAG